UAUGUCAUCUUUUGUGGCAGGUCGUGAGAGUUCAAUAAACCGGUUGAGAACGCUUGACAAUGGUAUGCGUUCUCCUAAGGGAAGAAGGGCCGUACUUGACAUCGAAAUUUUGAUCUCUUGGUCAAAAGAUAAUUUGAAAUGGGCAAACACGCGAUGGACAUCCCGAGAAGGAAUUUAUGGCAAGAUGGAUAAGUAAUCGCCAGCACGAUAAGUCAUACCAUCGAGUAGAUCAGCCUCUAAUAAUGACUCAGAUAAUGAGCCCAUGAAUGAUAUAUACAUAUCUUCCCG